AUGCGUCUCUACACCGUUUUAGCAACGACUGCGAUCGCAGCGAUCGCAACAACUGAUGUCAUCGCCGUUGACAAGUGCACCAUCAAGACAACCGCCCCUGUAGCUACUACGGCUACCUCGGUGACCUCCACCACCUCGUCGUACAUCAAUGAUGGCAGCAUAGAGGCGGCCUCCGACAGCGCCGCCUCCGCUGCUGCAUCCGCCGUUGAUGCCAGCCAAGCUUCUACGUCGGACGCCGCCUCAGCUGCUGAUGCGGCCGCCACCAGCUCGACGGCAGCAGAUGCCGACCCCGCUUUUGAUGCGGCGGAGACAUCGACUGCCGGUUCCAAUGCUGCAUCGACAGCUUCUUCAGCGUCUACAGCUUCCAGUGCGAGCUCAACCUCCACUACCACGACUGCUGCUUCAGCCACAUCAUCCAGUUCCGGAUUCUGCAGUACGCCUCGCGUGCGUAUCACGGAGGUUGACGUAGGUGAAACGGUGGAGAACAACGAAGACGAGGCCGGACUCACCGUCGUUGCCAUCGCGUCACUACCCUCGGGCGGCUCCCGUAUCGCUUUUCAGAGCGGUGACAAUGUCAUUGUGCGUGAGCUGGAUUCAGACGACGCUCUCGUGACCAGCACGGCUGCCGUCGAAGUCCCACUUGUAGACUUUGCCGACAUCCACGCCGACGACGACGGCUUCGUCUUGCUCGGCACGAGAGAUGCUGAAGGCGGAGGUACUCUAAACUGCGGUAACCCAAGCAACCUGUGCUCUGCUCCCAGCGACGCCGUUCCGUGCUAUGACAUGUACCUGGUUCGCUACGAUGGCUCAACGGAGACGUGGGCCACCAAGCUGACGUCGUCCAGCUCGUCGCUGCCGCCCUACUCGACCUCUGCUACUGGCGAGGAGGUCUACAUGAUCUGGUGGUACGCUCACCACGGCCGUCUAGCAUACGACGGAUCGAACUGGGCCGCGUACUUCGGUUGUGCUUUGUCCGUCUCGGAAGACAGCUGCAUCAACAUCCACCAGGGCGACCGCAUGAAGGUCGUGGACUCCACGGGAUCGGUCACGUCAGACACAGACUCCUUUGACUGGGGUUGCUCGCACUCCGGGUACGAGCGUAUUACCUAUGACAACCGAACGGACGGCUACGCCACGAUCUGUAAGACGGACAGCAACAACCGCAUCAUGCCGCCCAAGGACUGGGACACCACGAUCUACCCUGUUGACCUGGCGGCUGCUAACUUGGGCGACAUCGUGCCGGACUCUGUUGCGUCGAGCAAGAAGUACUGGGCCACUGUGAGCAACAGUACGUCGGAUAGUGACGAAGACAACGCUCGCGUGCAUUUAAUCCACUUCUCGAUGGAUGCUGAGGCCAGCGAAGAUAUUAUUCUUGGAGGUACGGAUGCCAACGAACGUGCUCCGCAUCUCGCAUCCAUCGGCGACGGCGGUCUGCUCGCCAUGUGGGAAGGAAGCUCCACGAGUGGCGAUCUCAAGUACGAAUCGAGUGGUCGAACGAUCUACGCGCAGGUGCUGGAUGCGUCGACGGGUUCUGCGAUCAGCGAGAAGGUGGCAGUGGACAGCAAGGUGAUCGGAAACCGCUACCAGGCGUUGAAGACGUUCCCGGACGGAAGCGUUGCGUACCUGUCGAUGGGAACGACGAGUACGUCGGUGCAGGUUGUGCGUUUCUUCGGCUGCUAAGAAGUGAAGAGAGAAAGAUGCGUAAGCAAGAAUGUUGUAGUGUAUAGAUGUACGUUUGUCUCCGCAAGCAUUAGGCAUCACUGCCAUCAUAUUCGUGAUACUUGACCAUGUUAAGGAAA